GCGGAGCAGCCUCCCGGUUCCCGCCGCGGGCCCCGCUCGCUCCUGCGCCUUUAACGCCGCGGCUCCCGCCGCCUCCCAGCUCGGGGCCCGGCGGCGGCGGCGGCGCAGCGAAGAUGGCGGAGUCCGGCGGGGCCGAAUUCUCGGCGGAGCGGCCGAGCAGCAUGGCUGACAAGAACAGCACCCUGAAAUGCACGUUCUCUGCUCCUGGCCACAGCACCACUCUACUGCAGGGACUGGCCUCGCUCCGAGCUCAGGCUCAGCUGCUUGAUGUCAUCCUCACUAUAAAUAAUGAAGUGUUUCAGGUUCAUAAAGUUGUCUUGGCUGCCUGCAGUGACUAUUUCAGGGCCAUGUUCACAGGCGGGAUGAGAGAAGCCAGCCAGGAUGUGAUCGAACUGAAAGGUGUAUCUGCAAAAGGACUGAAACAUAUCAUUGACUUUGCAUACAGCGCUGAAGUGACUCUUGAUCUUGACUGUAUUCAGGAUGUGCUGGGAGCUGCUGUCUUCCUCCAGAUGGUGCCUGUCGUGGAGCUCUGCGAAGAAUUUCUGAAGUCUGCCAUGAGCGUGGAAACGUGUCUCAAUAUCGGGCAGAUGGCCACCACCUUUAGCCUCGCAUCCUUGAAGGAAUCGGUCGAUGCAUUCACUUUUAGGCAUUUCCUCCAGAUCUCUGAGGAAGAGGAUUUCCUCCACCUGCCACUGGAGCGCCUCGUCUUCUUCUUGCAGAGCAAUAAACUGAAAAGCUGCAGUGAAAUAGACCUGUUCCGCGCCGCCGUCCGCUGGCUGCAGUACGACCCGACGCGCCGUGCCAACGCCAGCCAGGUGCUCUGCCACAUCCGCUUCCCUCUCAUGAAGUCCUCGGAGCUGGUGGACAGCGUCCAGACCUUGGACAUCAUGGUGGAGGACGUCUUGUGCCGACAGUAUUUGCUGGAAGCCUUCAAUUACCAGAUCCUGCCCUUUCGCCAGCACGAGAUGCAGUCCCCUCGCACCACCAUCCGCUCGGAUGUCCUGUCCCUCAUCACCUUCGGUGGCACCCCUUACACCGACAACGACCGCACGGUGAGCUGCAAAGUCUACUACCUGCCGGACGCCAGCGUGCGCCAGUUCAAGGAGCUGACGGAAAUGGAGGUGGGCAGCAGCCACUCCUGCGUGGCCGUGCUGGACAACUUCGUCUACAUCGUAGGAGGGCAGCACCUGCAGUACCGCAGCGGCGAGGGAGCCGUGGAUAUCUGCUACCGUUACGAUCCGCACCUGAACCAGUGGCUGCGCAUCCAGGCCAUGCAGGAGAGCAGGAUCCAGUUCCAGCUCAACGUCCUCCACGGCAUGGUGUAUGCCACGGGAGGGAGGAACCGCUCGGGCAGCCUGGCUUCCGUAGAGAAGUAUUGCCCCAAAAAUAACGAGUGGACUUACGUGUGCUCCUUGAAACGCAGGACGUGGGGACAUGCCGGAGCCACGGUGGGGGACAAGCUGUACAUCUCGGGUGGGUACGGCAUCUCGGUGGAGGACAAAAAAGCCCUGCACUGUUACGACCCUGCAGUGGAUCAGUGGGAGUUUAAAACCCCCAUGAAUGAACCCAGAGUUCUGCACGCCAUGGUCAGUGCAAACAGUCGCAUUUACGCUCUGGGAGGCCGCAUGGACCACGUUGACCGUUGCUUUGAUGUUUUGGCUGUGGAAUAUUACGUGCCUGAAACAGACCAAUGGACCACGGUGAGCCCCAUGCGUGCAGGUCAGUCAGAAGCUGGCUGUUGUUUACUAGAGAAAAAGAUCUAUAUCGUAGGAGGAUACAACUGGCAUCUGAACAAUGUCACGAGCAUUGUGCAGGUGUACAACACAGAAACGGAUGAAUGGGAAAGGGACCUGCAUUUCCCAGAAUCUUUUGCUGGGAUAGCCUGUGCUCCAGUCAUACUGCCCCAGGUAACCACCCAGAGGUAACAGCACACCUCCCUGUCAGCCCAGCGAAGUCAGUCGCCUGUGUUGCAUGUUAGCAGGAUGCUGUGGUGUUUCUUUGUUGUUUGCAAAUGCUAUUGUGCAUUUUGUGGGUGAGGGAAGGAGAAAAAAACAGCUUGUGUUCCCUCCCCCGUAAAGUCCCUCCUCCUCUUAUGUAGUGUUCUGGCAAGCUCCUUUCAUCAGGAGCACUUGUCAGCUAGUUAGACUUAACAGAUGUUACAGCUGGAAAAAGCUUUUCUUUUCUUUCUGUUUUUUUUUUGUGAUGGGGGGGUGCAUUUUGCCAACUUUUCCUAUUUUUAACGAUGCUACAGGAACAGGCUGCCCAGGGAGGGUGUGGAGGCUCCUUCCUUGGAGGGCUUCAAGACCCACCUGGACACGUUCCUGUGCAGCCUGAUCUAGGUGGGAGCUGCUUCUGCAGGGGGCUUGGAUUGGAUGAGAUCUAAAGCUCCCUUCCAACCCUCACCAUUCUAUGAUUCUAUGAUACACAUUGCAAACAUUGACAGCUCAGGAGUAACUUACCUACUGUGGGGUGUUCAAAGGAGUUCAGGUGUGAUUUUUAUCAAUAGCUCCAAAAAUCAUUGUAUGUUGCUCUGUUGUUUUUUUUUAGCAAACAAAAAAAGCCAAAACCUGUAUAACAUACUGACCUCCAGAAGCAAUAAAGGGACAGUGGGGGCUAGAAGAGCUCUGGUGCUUGGAUUCUGGCAGCAUUUUCUUGCUUUUCAAAGCUGACUUCUUCUUUUUUCCCCUGCACACCUCUGAUCUCAGUUGGUUCUUCACUGCUUGGAUGACACCCUUCCUCACACCCUCCAGAUAGCAGCAUGAUACCCUAGUCCAGAAAUCCUCCCUUCCUCGGGGCAUCCAAUGUUUGCAACACUAAAGCCAUGUUGGGAGCUCGAUUAGAUAUAAACUGGCAUGAUUUUUUUAUAACUGCCAAGAAUUUCUUUGGCUUCCCUGGCAAUAAAAGCUCUGCAGCUGCACAUCUGGGCCGAGCCACCCCAGCAAAGAGCACCCAAGGUUCUGCUUUAGGACCCAGCUGCCUUUCCCUUUCCCCCAGCCCUCCACCAGUACGUGUCCAUCCAAACUCUUCCUACAGUAAAGGAGGUGGGUGCUACUUCUUCAUAAGCUUGAAACUUUUCUCCCUUGACUUGUAAAUAAGACACUUGGCAUCAUGAUAUGGUGGAAGUCCAAGUGGAAUGGUUUUCUUCUUGUGGUUGUCUUUGCCAGUGAGUGAUUGAAAUUAAGAGAUUCCUGUCGUUUUUGUAGGCUCUGUGUUUACAGCACAGAACACUGUUACUCCCUGAACUUUCCUUUCCUCCAAGCCAUUGUUUUUCUAAUUAAUUUGACUGAUGAACGAAUUGAAACUUUCUCCUUGUAUCAGGUAUUCUGUUCCAAGGGCUUUGUUUUGUACCUGUAGGAGUUGGAUUCUGAUGGAUGCAGUCCUCUUUUUACAGAAACCGUCGUGUUCUGCCGUGGAAUAAAUACUGUGCUGUAACCUUUAGAGAU